GGAGGCGGAAGGGGCGCGGGGACGGCCGGCGGCGGCAGCAGCAGCAGCAGCUGGGGACCGGCUCAAGAAGGCGGCGGUGGCCGCCGCCGCUCCUCCUCUCGCCCGGCUCGGCCCCUGAGCACGACCCAAGGCGGCGGCGGCCGCGAUGGAUUCCUUCGAGGGGCUGUUCAAGCCCGAGGCCGGCGGCGGCCGGGACGACAGCCCGGGCCCCGACUCGGGUCUCGGCCUCGCCGGCCCCUUCUGGACGGCGGUGUUCGAGUACGAGGCGAGCGCCGAGGACGAGCUGAGCCUGCGGCGGGGCGACGUGCUCGAGGUGCUGUCCACCGAUGCUAAGGUGUCGGGCGACGAGGGCUGGUGGACGGGCAAGAUCGGCGAGCGGGUCGGUAUCUUCCCGGCCAACUACGUGAGCCGCCAGCCGACGCGGCCCAGGAGCGGGCCGGCGGCCGCCGCCGCCGCCCAUCACGUCGGACCGGCCGGCGCCCAGGCCAUCGAGAUCGAGUUCAGCCAGCUGAGCCUGCAGGAGAUUAUCGGCGUGGGCGGUUUCGGCAAGGUGUACCGCGGCACCUGGAGGGGCCAGCCGGUGGCCGUGAAGGCGGCCCGCCGCGACCCGGACGAGGAGGCCGGAGCUACGGCCGAGAGCGCCCGGCGGGAGGCCCGCCUCUUCUCGAUGCUGCAGCACCGCAACAUUAUCGCGCUGCGCGGCGUCUGUCUGCAGGAGCCCAACCUGUGCCUGGUGAUGGAGUACGCGCAGGGCGGCCCCCUCAACCGGGCGCUGGCCGGCCGCCGCAUCCCGCCCUGCACCCUCGUCAACUGGGCCGUCCAGAUCGCCCGGGGCAUGUGCUACCUGCACGCCGAGGCCAUCGUGCCCAUCAUCCACCGAGACCUCAAGUCCAGUAACAUUUUGUUACUGGAGAAGAUUGAGAAUGAUGACUUAGCUAACAAAACACUGAAGAUCACGGAUUUUGGCUUGGCCAGGGAGUGGCAUAAAACAACGAAAAUGAGUGCUGCAGGAACCUAUGCUUGGAUGGCACCAGAAGUUAUCAAAUUGUCUUUGUUUUCCAAAGGCAGUGAUGUCUGGAGCUAUGGAGUGUUGCUCUGGGAGCUGUUAACAGGAGAAGUUCCUUAUCGUGGGAUCGAUGGCCUUGCAGUGGCUUAUGGAGUCGCAGUCAACAAAUUAACCCUUCCUAUUCCAUCUACGUGUCCUGAACCCUUCACCAAACUAAUGGAAGAGUGCUGGGACCAGGAUCCUCAUGUUCGCCCAUCUUUUGCGACUAUUUUGGAGCAGCUCACUGCUAUUGAGUCGACAGUCAUAACUGAUAUGCCGCAGGAGUCCUUCCAUUCCAUGCAGGAUGAUUGGAAGAUGGAGAUACAACAGAUGUUUAAUGAGCUAAGGACAAAGGAAAAGGAGUUGCGAUCACGGGAGGAGGAACUGACCAGGGCCGAGUUACAGCAGAAGUCCCACGAGGAGCUACUGAAGCGACGGGAGCAGCAGCUGGUGGAACGGGAAAUCGAUGUGCUGGAGCGCGAGCUGAAUAUUCUUAUCUUCCAGUUGAACCAAGAGAAACCAAAAGUGAAGAAAAGAAAAGGCAAGUUCAGGAAAAACCGGCUAAAGCUAAAAGAUGGAAACCGAAUCAGUUUACCUUCAGAUUUUCAACACAAGAUCACCGUCCAGGCAUCUCCAACGCUUGACAAGCGGAAAAGUUUGAAUGGCAGCAGCUGCAGUCCGCCGAGCAGCCCCACCAUCAUCCCAAGGCUCAGAGCGAUACAGCUGCGCUCCAAAGCCGAUGCUGCCCAUUCCAGCGCCUUUCGCAACAGCCUGUAUGUUUACCAACAGGAUGUGGACAUUGCAAGUGAAUGUACAAGCAGAUCCCUCAGUAGGGCUCAGACAAAAGUUACCCUUGAUGAGAGCAAUAGGACCUGGGGUAAAAGCACAGUCUAUCGGCAAGAAGAUUACGAUGAAGAAGUGCAGAAAGCAUGCAAGAAGAAAGGGCGGACGUGGGGUCCUAGUUCUAUGCAAACCAAGGAGCGUGCCAGUUGUGAGGAAAGGACAAGGCCUUUGUCAGAUGGGAAUAAUCCAUGGUCUACCAGCUUACUGAAGUCUCCAACUUUACCUCUGACCUCCGUUUUUGCAAAUGUUGCAGACCAGGGGAUUGCAUCUGAACAGAAUCAAGCUGUUGAAGACUAUGAGAAUCGACCAAAGCAGUCCAAAUUACCUAAUCAGGUGUAUAUUGAUCUACCUCUUCGUAAAGAUCAGGGAGAGGGAGAUGGGGGCAGCGAGAGCCAGGAAGAGAUGACGACGACACCUAUUAGCUCGACCAACAGCACCCCACAGGUCACUCCUACAAAUAGCCUGAAGAGAUUCGUUCAGAGGAAGAAAACUGACAUGGUUCUGUACGGCUGUGCUGUGCUGCUGGCCUCCGUGGCCCUGGGCUUCGAUGUCCGGGAAGUGAAUAAGUCAGAGGAAAUUGAAGUCAGGGAGGAGAAGAAGAAGAAGGAGGGACUCUUUCAGAGAACCAGCAGGUUCCGCAGAAGCACAAGUCCCCCGAACAGGACAGCCUCCAGGAAGGAUGAGGCCAACAUCCCCUCACUGAACUCACCUGCUGUCAAUCUCUUGUCAAUGUCUUCCAUUUCUGAAUGUAACUCCACCAGGUCCUUGCUCAGGUCAGACAGCGAGGAUGCAUCCAUUUUUAGUGCAGCACUUGCUCCUUCCGCCACCAUCCACAAAACAGAAUUCUUGACCGACAAUCCUUCAAACAAUUCCGUCAAUGGGACACACAAGACUCUGGAAAGGUCACCUCUGUGGGACACUGAGAGUUUGAAAGAGUCUAGUCCAGUGCCUAGAGAGGCAGCUGUUAAAUCCACUGGCCAGUUUCCACCAGAAGGAAGCCCAACCACUAAUGGAGUUGCUGAUGUCAGUCGAUGCAGAGAGUCUGAGUUCCCGCGUCUUCCAGACCCCAAGUCCCUGUACCCAGCGUCUGCGAGGAGAAGGACUCCCAAAAGGGAUGUGCCGCCUGAGAGACUAAACAACGGGGACGCUGUACCCAGGCCACGGCCAUCCCUGCCCCAAAUCAGAACGGACCCCUGGCAGUUUGUGUCUCACUCGCUCAUCCAGAAAGACUCCCCAGAUGCCACAGUGCCUACAUUGGACGCACUCCUCGCUGCUGAGCGAUGCCCCGGUUUGCCUUUCGGUGCCUGUUCUCUACUUGACAUGGAUGUUGAAGGCCAGUGCCAGGAUGGCACAGUUCCCCUGUGCAGGGGCGAGUCCCAGCCCAGCAGACCCAGUGACUUCGAACUGGAGAGAGAGUUCAUGUUUUAGCACUCACUGCCUUGCAGAUGGGACUGUGCCUCGUUCCUUUACUUGCAAGAGCAAUUUCAUGAAUGCGUUGAACCUUGUUUGGAAAGAAAAAAAUGUGAACAGAAUGUAUAUUUUGUUUUCUCUCGGCAUUUUUCUAUUGUAGACCCUUGUGCUCCCACCUAAUCACAGCAGAUGUUGGUUGCCAACUGGUGGCUUGGCUCCCUUCAUUAACACCCCACUUUCAGGUCGUGAAUCUGAGCUGGAUGUGAUCUCCGGUAAACUGAUACACGAGUACUUAUCCCUGCUCUGGCUGUCGGAUUUGAGUAAAGGAGGAUCAACUCACUCAAUGUGAGAGUGGAAGAACAGUUUUACACUAGCCCGUGAUAUUUUGCACUUUGAAUAUCAAAAUUUAAUCUGUAGUCAUUUUGGGUAGCCUCCAUAUUUAUAGUGAGGGUUUAGACUUGACCAGUUUGCAUUGCACCACGACCAUGAAGAUACCUGGGGUGCAUCCUCUUGCUGUCUUAAAAUUUAAUUCUGUUUAGUAGAGUUUAAGCUAUAAGUAGAGGCAAUCUCCCUUUUAUUUGUUCACUGGCUCUGGUUGUUGGCCGAUCACAUUUCUCUUAAGCAUUGGUGAGGGAGGUUGGGUGGUCGCAUACAGGCCUGACCAGUUAAGGGUGGCAAAUGUUCACAAGGCUGACAAGAUGGGCUUUUAUGACAAUCUGGUAGUUUCUCAGUCAAUAUUAUUAUCUGCAGUAGUUAAGUUUAUUGAGUGACUUGAAUUCAUAUUCCCUGCUGUUGUACUGGGUACCAGUCCAGAAACAACAUCUCUGCUACCACACCACAAGUGUCUCCUCAAAUGCUCAGGAGUUUUAGUGCUAUGCAAGUUCAGUAAAAUGAUCAUUCAUUAUCCUUUACCAACUAAAUGUGCUCCAGAUUUGUGUGUAAAGGAGUGACAUGCAGACACAUAGUCCUGGAGUAUCUCCCUGGUUAAGCUGAUCUUGCGCAGAGGUAAUGGUUAUUGUUGCUGCAGUUGUCUGUAGCACCAGAUGCUGUGCCAAUCUAUUCACCCAGUGGUGGGCCUUGACAGAAUUGAACUGGGAAGUGUGCUCGCUCUCAUAUUGCUAUCUGCUGAGACCCUGAACAGAACUCUGGAAACUUGGGCAACGGGAUGUAUUUGCAAUUACCUGCCACUGAGGAAACAACUACCUUUCCAGAAAAGAUUUUCCAAGCUUGAGAGGAAAAACUUGAGGAAACAAAGGGGAUAUUUCCUGUUGUUCUCUCACAGGGAUACGUUGAUCAUUGUACAGAGCAAACUCGACCACAUAGAAAAAGAAUCAAGAUCUUGCCACUUGAAUGUGGUCUUGAUGUGCAAUUAUUUCUCAGUCUGCAACCUCUCCUAGUGAUUUCAGAGGGCUAUCUUUCAAAUUUCUUAUCUCUGCGAUCAAUAGCUUACUACUUGUCGGAGUUAAAUUUCAGGAAGUUGUGCCCAAGAAUUCCGCUAAGGACUUUAUCUUUAAAAAAUUAUGCUGAAUACUGUUCAAACACUGGAAAUAGUUGAACAACUGUUUAUGGAGCUUCCUUGAUUUUCUUAGAGAGGGGUAAAAAAAAAUCAUUGCUCGGGCUUUCUGAAAAGCUUAUUGAGCAUGAGUUGGUUUCCACUUGCCUGCUGCCUUAUUUAUUAAUGUAUCUAUUCAGCUGCGUUGGCUUGGUAAGCAUUUUUUAAAUCAAAACAAAUCUGCUGCUAGUUCUCACCAUUUGUGACAAGCCUUUGAGAAAAAAAAAUCUGUGUGAAGUGUAUUCAUUAUGCUGAAGAUGUGACUUUUACAGAUCUAUCGACGGUUUUAAACAGUGAUUUAUUUCUAGCUGUCAUAGAGUUUGACUUUUUAAAAAAUAUGUUCUGAAUUGUACUGCAGGGUCCUCAAUGCAUUCCAAUACCCAUUGGCCUUGCUACUUAUUAUAGAUGCUUCCAGGAUGCAAUUAACUACCACACCUCAAUCAAUUAUGGCUGCAAACCUUCAUGUUUUGUGAUACUCAUGUUAAUGUGAAACAGUUUGGAUAUCACAACUGGCUAAUUUAUUAGUAAAUAUGACAUUCCACGGGACACGAAAAGCCAGAAUUAGUAUUUGAAGUUUAGUAUUAUCGAUUUCUGUACACUGAUUUUUUUUUUAAGUACUAGAUCUGUAAGAUCAAAAAAUUCUGGGGUAUUGUACUUCAAAAUGCAUAUAUUACUCUGUUUUUUAAGUUGUGGUUGGGACUAGCAUAGGGCUUUUAUAUCACGGCAGCGCAGCCUGGGAGUCCAUAUGCAGUUGAAGCCACUGACAGUUUACUAAUCGGCCAUCGUUUCCUUUUACUUUCUGAUGUGAUUCCAUUAUUCCUGCAGCUAUCCUCAGUUGGUGCAGCCUGUCCAUGUGGUUGGGUGAUGUUUGGUGCUAGAGCUCCAGAGAGGGUAUAGUCUUCAAUAGCAGCUGGGUAUAAGGGGCAAAGUUCCUCAUGUUAAAUGGGAAAUGUUCGGGGGGAGAGAACUCUGUAUCCCUGCUGAUUUUGCCUUUUUGUUAUGUACCAGCAGUCAUUUACAGCCAGAGUAUUAUUAAAGGGGUUCAGAUAAUGUUUUAAAGGGUGUAUUUUUCACAGUUGGAGAAUGUCGUAUUGUUUUAAUCUGUCUGGUAAUUAAACUAAUAUAGAAACGGUUCCACUUUAAGACCUAUAAUUCAACUGAUUCAUCUUGUCAGUGUUAACAUGUAUUUUAAGAUGUAGCUACAUUUUUGUCACAUAACUGGAUGUCGGAAUAUCACCACCUUUUUACCUCUGUUCAAAUACAAGUAGUUUGUUUUGGAAGCUUAAUUAUUGUACAUUCAGUGUGACUGAUUCUUAUCCUUGCUACUCAAAUCAUACGAUAUACUUGUGCAUUGAUUUUUUUUUGGUAAAAUACGUAAGCUACUGUACCACUUUAUAAAUCAUCUGUCAAAGGUCUUUUCACUGGAAGAUGCUGCUUUAUAUAUUUGUUUAGUUGUAUUUUUACUGCAGUUUGAGACUUUGAAUAAUAUUUAUGUAAAAUCUUAGGUAUUAAAUAAGAACAUGUUUUAUAUUUUGCCAAGCAGGCUUGGUCCAUGUCAAGUCCCAGGAAAGGAUGAUGGUAGUUCUAUUCGGGAAUCUUGAUGUCAGGGUACUUGUGUUGCUCACUUUUGUUUCCCUCUUCAAUGUACAGUACCUAUGGUUCAAAAAUCCUUAAUAAACAUUAAAAAAGAAAUCGUUAUUUUGAUUUCACAAUCAUGUCUUGUAAAAACAGUAAUUGCAGAAACCAGUUCCCUUUGAACAUAAUUUUAAAACACAGCAGUUUUUGGAAAUGAAGCUUGAUCAGUGCCAGGAUUUACAUUAGGUAAAACAAUCUCUUCCCUUCUGAUGCAUGCCAUAAAUUAUGGAAGCAUACCUAAGCUUAUAGACCCCUUAGGCAGAUUCAUUUAAUUAGAUCACAGCUGAUCAGUGGUUCCAAUAACUUGUUGACUAAUAAAACUGAUUAAAGGAGAAACUUAAGAGAAAUUUGGAAGGUACGAGGAUGGGAGGGGUAUGGAGCCUAUGGUCUGGGUGCAGAGACUGGGCAAAUUAAUAGUUCAGCAUAGAUUAGAUGGGCUGACAGGCCUGUUUCUAUGCUGUAGUGACUAAAACAUCAUCCGAAAUACCUCUCUAUUAAUGGUCUGUCAAAAUUAACUUGAUCCCCAUCCUUCCAGUGCUUCUGGGUUGAAAAUGACAUACCGAUUUCUUGCUCCCCUACCCUCCCAGAGCCUUGCUCUGAUUUUAAGAUGUAAUACAGUGGGUGCAGUAUUUAAUGUUAAUUGUCUAAAUCUAUAAAUAAGUAGUAUAAAGUAAAUAAUGAAUAAAGUAAUUUUAAUAAAAGUAUUCUUUCUGCUUCAGCAUAAUAAUUUUAGCUCAGUUUUGAAGUGGGCUUCUGUCACUGCAUGAGAGAACAUUGGGUGUGGAUAUAAAUGUUUAAUCCUUGUUGUGUUAACUGCACAUACAUUUGGUGGCCACUUUAUUAGCUACCGCCUGUGCCUAUUCUGCUGAGAUAGCCCAUCCACUUCAACAUUCAAUGUGCUGUGUGGUCAGAAGUGGUCUUCUACCCAUAGAACUGCUACUCACUGGAUGUUUGUUGUAUUUCGCACCAUUCUCUGUAAACUCUAGACUGUUGCGCGUGAAAUCCCAGAUCAGCCGUUUCUGAGAUACUCAAACCACCCUGUGUGGCACCAACAAUCAUUGCAUGCUCAAAGAUCAUAUUUCUUCCCCAUUCUGAUAUUUAGUCUAAAUGACAUGUGAACCUCAAGGCCAUGUCUUUUAUGCAGAGAGUCGUUGCCACAUUAUAAACUGAAUAGAUAUCUGCAUUAAUGAGCAGGUGUUCUUAAUAAAGUGGCCACUGAGGGUAGGUAAGAUGCCCAUGAACUUUAUACCCCAGUGAGAGGUGGUGCAUACGUGAGACUACUUAGAUGUUUAAUACUUGAAUAAUUUUCUUUCUCCAUCAGAGAACGGUACAGCACAAAAACACGCCCUUUGGAAACUAGUCUGUACCAAGCCUAGUCCCAUCAACCUGCACUAUACCCCUCUCAUCCAUGUACCUAUCUGAAUUUGAAAUCGAACCCACAUGCACCACUUGCGCUGGCAGCCUGUUCCAAUCAAAGGUCCAAUAAAUUUCUAUCUGUUCCCUCGCCUCCAAUCAAGGCAAGGACAUUAAAGCUAUUCUAUCAAUAUUUUCAUUACACAUGUUCAGUUAAAAUAUAUUAUCACAAUAAGGAAUCCUUAUGCCAAGUCCGUGCUCAGCUUUCAAGUUGGAUGAUAAGUGAGAAGUUUGGUUUGUGGCUUAAAAAAAAUAAGGACCUUCCUCAAUUCUCCACUCUGACCUUUCACUUCUCACCUACCUAUUACUUACCCCUGGGUCCCCUCCUCCUCCCCUUUCUCCUAUUGUCUAUUCUCCCGUCCUAUCAGAUUCCUUCUUCUCCAGCCCUUGACCUUUCCCACCCACCUGGCUUCACCUAUCAUCUUCCAGCUGUACUCCUUCCUCUCCCCUGCCUUUUUACUCUGGCACCUUCCCCCUUCCUUCUCAGACCUGAAACCUGAGAUGUUGACUGUUCACACAUCUCCAUAAAUGCUGCCUGAGCAGCUGAGUUCCUCCAGCUUAUUGUGUGUGGCUCUGGUUUUCCAGCAUCUGCUAAAUCUCUUGUUUUUUAUGACAUUAUCCUAUUGACAGCAGGAGUAAAAAAAAUUACUCUACUGCAAACAUUUUGAAUCUUGGACCUGGUAUUGACUUGUAGAUGCUGGAUAGAGGAAAGCAGGUUCAAGCAUACAGUGGCAUGCAAAAGUUUGGGUACCCCUGGUCAAAAUUUCUGUUACUGUGAAUAGUUAAGUGAGUGGAAGAUGAACUGAUCUCCAAAAGUCAUAAAGAUGAAACAUCCUUUUCAACAUUUUAAGCAAGAUUAGUGUAUUAUUUUUGUUUUGUACAAUUUUAGAGUGAAAAAGGGAAGGAGCACCAUCUGAAGGUUUGGGCACCCCAAGAGAUUUGAGCUCUCAGAUAACUUUUACGAAGAUCUCAGACCUUAAUUAAUUUGUUAGGGCUAUGGCUUGUUCACAAUCAUCGUUAGGAAAUGCCAGGUGAUGCAAAUUUCAAAGCUUUAUAAAUACCCUAACUCAAACCUUGUCCCAACAAUCAGCAGCCAUAGGCUCCUCUAAGCAGCUACAUAGCACUCUGAAAAUUAAAAUAAAUGAUGCCCACAAAGCAGGAGAAGGCUAUAAGAAGAUAGCAAAGCGUUUUCAGGUAGGUCAAGUUGAGAUCUGGAAGACCAAGAAAACUUUGAGAGAACUGCUCAUAGGAUUGCUAGAAAGGCAAAUCAAACCCCCCGUUUGACUGCAAAAGACCUUCAGGAAGAUUUAGCAGACUCUGGAGUGGUGGUGCACUGUCCUACUGUGCAGCGACACCUGCACAAAUAUGACCUUUAUGGAAGAGUCAUCAGAAGAAUACCUUUACUGCAUCCUCACCCACAAAAUUCUGCGUCAAAUGUUUGCAAAGGAACAUCUAAACAAACCUGAUGCAUUUUGGAAAAUUAGACCUAUGGACUGAUGAAGUUAAAAUAGAACUUUUUGGCAAAGGUAUGUUUGGAGAAAAAAGAGUGCAGAAUUUCAUGAAAAGAACACCUCUCCAACUGUUAAAGCAUGGGGAUGGAUCGAUCAUGCUUUGGGCUUGUUUUGCAGCCAGAGGCACAGGGAACAUUUCACUGGUAGAGGGAAGAAUGAAUUCAAUUAAAUACCAGCAAAUUCUGGAAGCAAACAUCACACCGUCUGUAAAAAAAAAAGCUGAAGAUGAAAAGAGGAUGGCUUCUACAACAGGAUAAUGAUCCUAAACACACCUCAAAAUCCACAAUGGACUACCUCAAGAGGCACAAGCUGAAGGUUUUGCCAUGGCCCUCCCAGUCCCCCGACCUAAACAUUAUAAAAAAUCUGUGGAUAGACCUCAGAGCAGUGCAUGCAAGACGGCCCAAGAAUCUCACAGAACAUAGAAGCCUUUUGCAAGGGAGAAUAGGCGAAAAUCCCCCUAACAAGAAUUGAAAGACUCUUAGCUGGCUACAGAAAGCGUUUACAAGCUGUAAGUACUGACCAUGCAGGGUGCCCAAACUUUUGCUUUGGGCCCUUUUCCUUUUCUGUUAUUUUGAAACCGUAAAAGAUGUAAAUAAAAAAAGUUAUUUUACUUAAAAUAUUAAAGAAAUGUGUCAUCUUUAACUUUAUGCCGUUUGGAAAUCAGGUCAUCUUUUACUUGCUUAGCUAUUCACAGUAACAGAGAUUUUGACUAGGGGUGCCCAAACUUUUGCAUGCCACUGUAUUUUCGCCUUCCAAAUUAGACUCCCUAUCUGUGACAAUCAUGGCAAGCUGAAAUUGUUAAUUUUAUUCUGCGCUCUCAAUAAUAAUGAUCAAGGGAAAGCCAUAACCACAAUAGACUAGUCACUCACUGCAUCCAUGCCAAUACAUAAAAUGGCUUUAGUGUAAUCCAGUUUACCAUCAUUCAUCCUUGAAUCUUGUAGGUUACAGAAGCUCAGAUACUAAAUGCAUCAUGGAUCCAGCAUACCACAGCGAAGUGAGUUCUGAACGCUGUCCAAUCCUUAGGUAAACAAUGAUUUCCUCCUAACUAUUGACUGCAUCUUGUUAUUGACCUCUGAUAGAGAAAGGAUUCACUCUGGCUGGGAUGUUUAUAAUUUUGCCACUUCAAUUAAACCUCCUCCUGGACUCCUUUGUUCCAGAGAAAAUAACCACAGCCUAGACCACUCAAUUCCUCUCCCUUACCUAAAAUUCUUCAGCCUUGGCAGUAUCUUUGUAAAUCUGAUCUUUAAAAUGUGUCCAGCUGUAACAUAACUGCCGGAGACUGCUUUUAUCCCAAUGAGACAUUAAGUUUGAUUGUAUCCAUUUUGAACAGUACGCAGAUUUUGUAAACAUUCUUGUCACUGAAGUGAUUUGAGAUAUUUCUUUAAAACUAACUUAUUACCAGAGGCCUGGUAAUGUUUCAUACUCUGCAAAGUGUGCCUCAUAACUACAGCAACGCCCACAGUUCAGAAGAACUUCAUCCUAAAAAGAAUGUGCAGGCCACCACGUAGAUUCAUCUCCACUUUUUUCGUCUUCUUUCUUUAAACAGCUGAUUCCCUAACAUGCCCACUCAUAAUCAGCAAUUGGUUAAUUACAAUUGGAAGCUUGAUUGAUUGGAUAGCGUCAUGGUUAGCACGAUGCUAUUAUAGCUUGGGACGUCGAAGUUAGAGUUCAUUUCCGUCGCCAUCUGUUAAAAGCUUGUAUGUUCUUACUGUGAGCUUAUGGGUUUUCUCCAGAUGCUCCAGUUUCCUCCCACAGUCCAAAGACGUACCAGUUAGUAGGUUAAUUGGUCAUUGUAAAUUGUCCCUUAUUUAGGCCUACUCUAGGGGGUUGCCGGGUGGUGAGGUUUGAAGGGCAGAAGGACCUGUUCUGAGCUGGAUCUCCUAAUAAAUAAAUAAUUUUGAAAACCUGGUCUAUUAUGCAAUGGUAUCUGGGUAAAUCCUUCCUCAGAGUGCAUUAGUGUAAUGCAGUUUUAUAGUUAUUGUUUUGAAAUUAGCAGUGUGGCUAGAUAGUCUAAUUCCUUUCAAGCUGCAUUGAUAACAAGCAAUCGCUUAGCAGCAUCUAUUAUUAAUAGUGAUAUGAAACCUAUUCAAGCAACUUGAAUCAUAUCUGAUUUAUGCAUAUAGAAUUUGGCCCCUAAUUUAUCCAACCUUUCAUUAAAUCCAUCCACUAAGUGUAAAGCUAUGACCCACUGAGGGAGACAGCAUCUUUUCUACAGGGGUAGUGCUAUGCACAACUCAAACUUGGAGCUAUAGCUUACCCCCUGUUAAAUUAUUGUUUUUUUAGAUCAGAGAUGAGGAAUUUCUUUAGCCAGAGAGUGAUGAACCUGUGGAAUUCAUUGCCACAGAUAGCUAGGAAGGCCAAGUCAGUGAGUAUAUUUAAAGCAGAGAUUGAUCGAUUCUUGAUUUGUAAGGGCAUCAAAGAUUACAAGGAGAAGACAGGAGAGUGGGGUUGAGAAGAAUAAUAAAUUAGCCAUGACCGGAGCAGACUCAAUCAGCCGAAUGGCCUAAUUCUGUUCCUAUGUCUUAUUUAUGAUUCUUCUCUGAACAAUAAGCAGUCUCAAGCACCCUUUUGAUUUCUCCUUUCUAUCCAGAAAUGUGUGACUAACUAGGGAAAACCUUGCAUCUUUCCAUAACAAAAUGGAGAAUACAAGUCUUCAGGUAGGCUCUUUAAUUUCUCGUCCCUGCUACCUUUUAAAGAAAAUAAAAGAUAGAACUGGACAGGCCAUUCAGCUCUUGAUCAUGCUGAUCUUGAUGGCAAUUGAUAUGAAAUGUCCUCCUGUGUAUCAUCCAUUUUCCUCCAGUACUGGUGUGUCUUUCUAAAAGUCUCUUAAACUUCGGGGCGGUACUGUAUCGUAGAGCAACACGAUUGGUCACAUGGGUGUAAUUGGGUGGCACACGCUCAUUUGACCGGAAGAGCCUGUUACCAUGUUGUAUCUCAAUCAAAUAAAAUAGAAUGCCUGCUUCCAGAACUUACCCCUAUUCCAGGCACCUACCACUCAGUUUAAAAAAAACUUUCCACUCACGUCACCUUUAAACUUCCCUCCUGUAACCUUAAAAACGUAUACUCUGGUGUGACGUUUCUACCCCAGGCAAAAGGUUCUGAUUUUCUACUCUCUGCAUGCCUCUCAUAAUAUUAAAUAGAUUUAAUCUCAUAAUAUUAAAUUUCAUACAAUGACUAAGCAUUAUUAUGGCUAAUAUGAGGUUAGGGUGUUGGGAGGAAAGUAUAGCCGAGGAUGUAAAGGGCAGAUUUUUUUUUGACAGAGUGGUAGGUGCAUGGAACAUGCUGCCAGGGCUGGUGGUAGAUGCAGAUUUAUUAGGGACAUUUAAGAGACUCUUAGAUAAGCAGAUGGAUGAUAGAAAAAUGGAGGGCUAUGUGGGAGGGAAGGGUUUGAUUGAUCUUAGAGUAGGUUAAAAGCUCGGCACAAUACUGUGGGCCAAGGGGCCUGUACUGUUCAAAUAAAGAAUGCCCCUUCAGCAGGAAUUACUCAUUUGCUAAUUGCUAACAUCAGUUUUCCUUCUACUUCCUCAUCCGAUAUGCCGAUUAAACUUAAUGCUGAGUAAACAAAAAUUUUACAGAAUUAAAGUAUUAAUUAUGCCAGUUUUCAUUUCCACAAAAACUGUCAAACUGCUUCGGGUGUUUGUCCUUCCUGGUGUAGGACUGUUACGUGAAAGUCUGAUGCAUAAAUCACCUUAUUUCUGUGCCUUAAGGUCUAUUUUAACAGUGGGUCAGAGCAAAGAGCCAGCAAAUGUUGGAAUGGAUUGAAACCUUCCACAAAGUUUUGAUGACCGUAAUCCUAAUAAAAUAGACCAAACUUUAGAAUAUACUCUUUUGACUUAUUUUUGACACUGUAUCUGCCGCCAUAUUGUGUGCAUGUUCUAACCAAGUUAAAACUUCACAUUCCAAAAAUGUUAAGAUGCUGAAAUAGCAAAAACAACCUGUAAAGUAUUUUGGUUGAACAAUCUGUGACGUCUGGUUUAUAAAUCACUCAUUAUAAAACCUUGGUGUGGUCAAGAUACCUGUAUAUGUUUUACCUGAAAAAGGGAAGCUGUUUAAAUGAUGUGGGGAAUAUUAUGUCUCAAUUGGAUCCUGUAAACCGACAUGGAGUGGAUCUAAUUGGGCGGUGUGCUCUGAUUGUCAGUUUUACUUGUGCUGUGGGUCAGGGGUGGCCAGGUUCCAGCUCGAAUCACACGUGCUGCCUGGAAGUGAAUGUGAACACUGAUGGUACAAAUUGACAAUGUGAUGUAGGUACUACUGAAUAUUACUCCUGUAGUUAUAAUUUUUUUUAAAAAUUUUGUAUUUGACACUCAGUACUGUCAAAGAAAAGUAAUCACUGGAUCACUUUCUAUUUGUAUGUGAUAAUUUUGCUGGCUGGCUCUCUUGGCCAACAUCAGAUGUAUAUCAGUUUUAAUAAAACCCCAAUUUUUCAGUAAA